UCAUGACGAAGUUGUUUUAUGUACGAGUUGGUUUUUAAACUAAACCACAAUAUGCGAUAAAGCUCUCACUUAAAUUAGAGUUACAGAAAAUAAAUACAGUUUGUACCUGCGUUGAUUAAACAUGGGGAACCAACUGAAAUUGUACAAAGGAAGAACCAGCAGAUGUGUGGGAUAUCUGGGAGCCUUUGUCAGCUUCCUCAUCACCGUGUAUGGGGGAGCUAUGACAGGGAUGGGGGUGUGGCUUGUGAGUGAGGACGUGGUGGGGGUGUUGAAGACUGUGGUGCCCAGCAGCAGCGUCUGGGACUGGAUCGCUUUCGGGAUGAUAGUCACCGGCGUCUUCCUCUCCGUCACAGGCCUCCUCGGCAUCAAGGGAUUCAUCAAGGAGCGCAGAAUGGUCCUCACUCUACACUGUCUGAUGUUGGCGUUGAGUUUUGUGGGGGUGUCAUUGUUCGUGGGUUUGCCCAUGUGGUACAGGAGCCAUAUGACCAAAAACCUCUACAACCAGAUGGAAGAGUCCUUCUUCGACUACCAGGGCGAACAGGCCAGAGACAAACACAGCGUGUUCUGGAACUACGCGCAGAUAUAUGUCAGUCUCAUUGUUGUGUUGCAGCACUGUCUGAUGUUGGCGUUGAGUUUUGUGGGGGUGUCAUUGUUCGUGGGUUUGCCCAUGUGGUACAGGAGCCAUAUGACCAAAAACCUCUACAACCAGAUGGAAGAGUCCUUCUUCGACUACCAGGGCGAACAGGCCAGAGACAAACACAGCGUGUUCUGGAACUACGCGCAGAUAUAUUACAGGUGCUGCGGAUUGGACCAGGAGGCUGACUGGCGCUUCCAGGCCUGGAACUACGAGAACAAACUCAACAUCAUGUACAUGCCCAGUCAAGGCAGAAACAUCUCCAGGAGGUGGCCUGCUUCGUGCUGUGACUACUACACGAGUGAGAAGAGACCCAGCCUGAACACCAUUCGAAAGGGCAGAUUCACCCCCGACCCAGUCAAGGUGGAGGACUGCUACCGCUACAACCCAAACUCCAACCCACCCGCCUCACAUACAGACGGAUGCUACCGCAAGUUCAAGUCCAUCAUCUACUCCCAGAUGACCUUCAUGGGAACCACCGCGUCAGUUCUAUGCGUCAAAUUGUUGGUUCUGUUCCUGAAGGCUGUCUUUGUCAUCAUGGCCAAUGCACCGGAAGAAACCAGACUUCGAUGAUCCAUUCGUCCCACGGAACCGCCGGAUCCAGGGCAGAUAUUUGCACAUAGUGUACAUAAUAAAUACCACUAUUUUUAGUCGGACACAAUCUUGGAAUAGUUGACCGAAUAUUUCGAAAAUUUGAGAAUAACUACAAUUUGAAUUUAACCCAUCAAACCAA